GUAAUUGCUCCUUUAUCUUUAUCUAGUACGUUAAGUUAGACACUAUAUUAGACAGUUUCUCUUUUUAUUUAUGUCGUUAACACAAAUUUUGACAGAAACCGGUACGUACAUAAAGGCGGCUUUUUUUAACUUCGUUUAAAAAAUUUCAUUUUUUGUUGCUCAGUUAAACUUAAUUACUUAAAUUCGAAGACUCCUUUGGUUAUCGUAUAAAUUAAGUGUAUUGAAUAAUCAUGAAGAUGUCAUUGGUACAGGCACAGCCAGCCCCGACACCUGAUAAAAUAUUAAAUCCAAAACCAUUCCUCACUGCCCUUAUAGGAAGAUCCGUCACAGUAAAACUAAAAUGGGGCCCUGAAUAUAGAGGUAUUCUUGUAAAUUAUGAUGGCUACAUGAAUGUACAGUUGUCCAAAUGCGAAGAAUACAUUAGUAAUCGUCGUAGAGCUGAAUUGGGCGAAGUAUUGAUCAGAUGUAACAACAUUUUGCAUUUGGGAUCUACUGAGUAUGAAGAUAAAAAAUAUGAGGACUAGUUUUAUGAUUGGGAACGUGACUACCUUAAUAUAUUGAAAUUACAAGGUUAUUUUUAUUAAGUUUAUAAACAAAAUAAAUAUUUGUUUUGUUUAAGUUAAA